AUGCAUCAUAUCAAAGACGCUUUUGGCCAUCUGAAAAAUAGAAACGAUGCUGGUCAGCAGCCUCUCCACCAACAACAUCAAGGUGGAGGAUUCCCAGGCAGCCAGGUCCAACAACCUACCCGACCUCAGCAACCACUACAUCCACAACCACCCACAGGUCAUGAACAAAGUCCGCUAUCUGGAACCACUCAGGGAGCCAUCGAUGUGUUCAUGGCUUCCAUGCAGCCGAACGGCGAGAUCGGCGGUAUAGGAUAUUGGCAGACGGCCAACGGCUACACAUGCAUUGCUCUCAGAGAUGCUUGGUCUGGAAGCAAUCGCAACGCUACACUCCUCCGAGAUAGACUGUCGACCGUGGAGAGUCAUCACAGGCAUUUCAUCAACGAGUUCAAUGACGAUACUCUAUGGUGGGGUAAUUGUCUGCUCGAUGCUUAUAUGACCAACCCAGAUCCUUACUACCUCGACAAUGCUCGCAAGAUCUGGCAGCAUGUCAAGCGUAGUAUGCUGUCACCAGGUCAAGCUAGAGUGAGAGGUAUGGACAUGGCUGGUGCAGUGAUGUGGACCACCAGACCAAAUGAAGAGCAGGUCAACGCCAUAACUACUGGUCUCUUCUCCGAACUCUCUGCACGCCUUGCUUUGCUCGAGAAGCCAGGCAAAGAAACAGCAGAAAUGUUGGAGGCAGCUGAGAAGAGUUUUGCCUGGAUCGAACGCUGUCGUUACCGCUCAAACGAGUGCAUUGUCCUCGACACCAUCAAACUCAAGUCGCAAGAAUGCGUCGAUUGGACUUUUACCUACUGCACCGGGCAGGCUAUAGCUGCUGCCAUUGCGACCUUCGCAGCAUUCAGCUUCGGUCAUCAAGGCUCGCAUAGCAACAAGUCGCCUCACGAGUACCUCUCGCUAGCGUGCAACAUGGCACGUAAAGCGAUCUGCAGACAAGGUUGGGUCGAGCAAGACGGCACAUUGACUGAACACGGUGCAUACGGCAAAGGCAAUCACGAACCCUGGAAGAAUGAUGAUUCGGUCGGCUUCAAGUCUGUCUUGCUCCGCAGUCUGGCCAAACUUCUCAAGGUCCUGUGUGACACCAAUCAGGAGCCUGACUUGCAGCAUCAAUUGACCGAGUUCAUCAAGAAACAGUUUGACAGUCUGCAGCAGCGUAAUACGAAUGGAAACAACCAAUAUGGUCCAUGGUGGGCUGGUCCGUUUGAUAUGCCGACUAGCCAUAGCCAGAUGGCAGCACUGGACGUUAUGGCAGCUAUCCAUCUCGUUCAGCAAUAA